CGCAUGCAAAUUUCGCGAAUGAAUCUGCCUUCUGAAUGGUUUUGUGUAUAAAAAGCGUCGCGGUUUUGGUAACAGUAUGUCAGUUCAUUUUUGAUAACCGACGGUGACAAUCAAAACUCCCCCCCAAGCCUAACAAUGAAUCCUUUGACGGUUGUUGCAGUCCUCUCCUCGAUGGCGCUUUCGGCUCAGGGCCAUUUGGCCGCAGCUCCUCUGGCUGCCGCUCCUCUGGCAGCUGCUGCUCCACUGGCUGCUGCUGCUCCCUUGGCGGCUGCUCCCUACUUUGCCCAGCCUGCCUUUGCUGCGCCUCUGCGUUAUGCCGCACCAGCUGCCUACUCGGCACCUCUUGGCUUCGCCGCUCCAGCACCCUACACCGCUCCUCUGGCCUACUCAGCUCCCUUAGUGGCUAAGACCUUCGCUGCUGCUCCAGUUGCUGCUCCUCUGGCUUACUCCGCUCCCUUGGUGGCUAAGACUUUCGCUGCUGCUCCAGUUGCUGCUCCUCUGGCUUACUCCGCUCCCUUGGUGGCCAAGACCUUUGCUGCUGCUCCCGUGGCUGCUCCUCUUGCUGCCCCAGUUGCUGCUCCUCUGGCUGCUCCAGUUGCUCCCGUGUUUGCCAAGACCGUCGCCGCUCCCCUGGCUGCUCCAGUUGCCCCCAUUGCUCCCGUUGCCGCUGAGGUCGUCGAUGCCCACCCACAGUACACCUAUGCCUACGAUGUCCAGGACACUCUCACCGGUGACUCAAAGACCCAGGAGGAGACCCGCGAUGGCGAUGUGGUGCGCGGCAGCUACUCGUUGAUUGAGGCCGAUGGCUCUCGUCGUAUUGUCAGCUACUAUGCCGAUUCCAUCAACGGUUUCAAUGCCGUCGUCCAGAAGGAUGUGCCAGUCGCUGCUGUCGCUCCAGUUGCUCCCGUUGCACCCGUCGCCAAGUUGACAUCGUUCGCUGCCCCAGCUCCAGUGGUUGCUGCUGCCCCCGCGCCAGUGCUUGCCAAGACCCUUGCCGCUCCCAUCGUUGUCUAAAUGCGGAUAAGGAGACUGGACUAAGGAUGUUCAUUUGUACAUAUUCGAUUAAUCAUUGUCGUGCUAUAAAAUAACUUUCAUCGCAAUCCAAAUUAAAGAAAAUUUUUCA